AUGCAUAUUAAUUGCUCGUGUUAUUUAUUUUUAAAAAUAGAAAUCACAAAGCAGAUGAACAAAAAACAAAUAGAAUUAAUUGAACUUUGGAUUAGAAGUCCAAAACCACCAACGAACGUUUUAUCACCACGUGAAAAUCAACAACAAAUUCGUUCUCCAUCAUCAUAUACACCCGACUCUAUUCCUUCAUGUAUAUUUGACGAACCAGGAAAUGAAAUUGAAAUUAUUGCCAGUGAAUCUUCAUGUUCAUCAUCAAACGUUGCUGAUAUUCAACACGUGUCUUCUUCCAUUGAAUACGAAACUUCUAACAAGUCAAAUUUAAACAAAAAUCAAGUACUAAACUGGCCGUAA